UAUGUUAUCUCUCUCUCCAGCACCUUGUGCCUUGUCAUCCAUCGUGGUGGUGGCUGAAUGCCAAAGUUCUGUUAUCAUGGUACAGUGGCAGAGGGCACGCAGAGGAAAUUCCCUCUACAUUGUCACAGCAGAGGAUCAAGACCGUGCCUUCAUUUCCUGCAAUAGCUCCACCUCUUCCUGCAACCUUACCAAUGUGCAGUGCGGCAAAGAGUACACCAUCAUUGUGGCUGCUUCGGCCAACCAAUGCAGCAGCCUUCGCAGCCCACCCUACAAGAUCAGAACCGCACCCUGUCAGCCCUCACAAGUACAGGCCUAUACAGACUGUCAGUCAAAGGCUGUGUUUGUGUCAUGGGAGCCAUCUUACGUGGCACAGUCAUACCUGCUUACUGCAGUCAGCAGAGAUGGAGACUUAAAGACAUGCAAUACUUCGUACAAUAACUGCACACUAACUGACCUGCACUGCAGCAACACCUACAAUGUGUCCGUUUUAGCCAGUAAUGAGAACUGCACCAGUCUGCCAAGUACUAAUGUCACAUUCAAAACAGUGCCAUGUGAGCCAACCAAUGUAACUGCAAACAUACAAUGCGGGAACAGUAGUGCCUCCUUGUCAUGGGUGGGGAGUACAGGGGCAGUGGCCUACGUGGGAAUUGCCCAGUCAGAAAAUGCCACAAAGGUCUACUGCCAGAACACGGAGACUUCCUGUACUUUGAUGGGCUUAGUGUGCGGCACCGUGUACAACUUUACAGUGCAGGCAACAGAUGGUACCUGCAACAGUUCCUUGAGUAAACCUCAAAUUGGUGGAGCAGCUCCCUGUCCUCCAGCUGGGUUGAGGGUUAUCCCUCGUACAGUAGUGAAUGACACUCAGAUCUUGAGGGCGUCCUGGUCCACUGUGAGUUGCCCUAAUUCUGAAUACCUCUUUGGACUCAAGGGCAGCAUUCAAGGCAACAGCCAGGCACUCUUUGACCUCGCCUCCUAUUGGACAAUUCGCACGUUCUUUGAGAUGCCUCUCCCUUGUGGCUCCUCCUACAGCGCAACCAUCAGGGCGAGAAACUCUGCCGCCUCAAGCGCCGAGUCUGUUGCGGUCACUGGAACCACAGUACCUUGUGCCCCUCUAAAUGUGACAUUCUCUGCAUCAGCGGCAGUAGUGGCAUGGCAUGAGUCUUUAUUUGCUACGAACUACACCGCGUAUGGGGUCACUUCCUCUGGUAGGAUGAAACUCUGCAUGACCUCACAGCUCCUCUGCUCCAUCACCAGUUUCAGUAGCGGUCACAUUGUCGUAACUGCCCACAAUGCUGCUGGACAAAGUGAAGACUCAGUGCCUGUUUUAGUGACAGCCGUUCGCAGGAGGUAAAACCUGGCUCGAAGUCAGAAAGGCCUGCCCCGCCCUGAGUGAAUGCAUCUCGUCGCACUCAAACUCUUCCCUUUGACAAUUCUCAAAAUUCUUUGAUACUUUUGCAUGUUACAUAUAUUCCAGUGCAAGGUUAAUUUUUUCCC